AUGCGCGUUCUUCCUUUCCUCCUCCCUCUCCUCGGGCUCGGGGAUGCUCUCCUUGUCCCCAACUCAAGCGGUCCAUACGGGGUUGCCCUGCGCGUCCAAGGCAUGACCGACGAUCAUCGCAUCGACCCGUAUGACCCAAAGAAGGGUCAUAGACAAGUCCUCACCUCAAUCUUCUGGCCGGUCAACAAAGACUCUUGCUCUAAGAAGACCAUUCCUUAUAUGCCACCCGCUACGGCAGAAUACUAUGGACAGAUAGUGCAGGCCAUGGGUCUUUCUAAUGACACCUUCAAAGCCUUUGAACUGGAAGUCUGCACUCCCAAUCCCUCGCGCAGAAGCAAAUCUGGAUGCGAAAUCGAGAAGAAGAAGUACCCUGUUGCUAUCUUCUCGCCUGGUGGAGGCAACUCUCGGCUUCUGUACAGCGCUAUGGCACGUUCACUGGCGAGUCAUGGAAACGUAGUGGUUCUUAUCGAUCAUCCCUACGACCCAGCUGUUGUCGAAUUCCCCAAUGGGAAAAUAAUCAAAGGUGGUAACAUUGCCGAAGACAUUCCAAGCCUCGAGAAAUUGACUCAUGUUCGAGCAAAAGAUAUCUCCUUCGUCAUCUCACAGAUCAAGAGCCUUUCAUUCCAACGUAAGGUAUUCAAGGGCUUCCCAGGCGCCAUUGAUGCCGACAAAAUCGUUGCUCUUGGCCAUUCACAGGGUGGCGCCAGCGCAGCCAACGCAAUCCUCUGGGACACUCGAAUUCGCGGCGGAAUGGAUCUCGACGGUCGGCUAUUUGAGCCAGUUCUCAGCAAAGGACUCAAGAAGCCAUUCUUUCUAAUUGGCCGACCCGACCAUGACGAGAGCGAUAAGACGUGGAAUAAGUUCUAUAACAACCUGAAAGGCCCUAAGGAUCUGAAGACGAUCAAGGGAACUAAGCACGGCUCUUUUACCGAUUAUCCUCAGUUGAUCGGUGCCCUUGGUUUGCCAAAGGGAACUGAGAAGGUCGUUGAGCCACUUAUUGGGUCUGUGGAUGGAGCAGUCCUAGAAAAGCUUAUCGCUAAGACUGUGGUGGAGUAUAUGAAGAUCUGCUUUGGUCACCACUGA